CCUGCCGGGCUCGGGGCACUAUCCUCCCACCGCCUCGCUGACCUCCUGCCGGCCCGCCCGGCCCGCUGGGCCCAGUUGGCCGCCUCCCGGAGCCGCGGGAGCCGGAGUGCCUCUGGAAGCUCUCAGUCAGGUGGUGUUCAUGAUAGUUGCCACUUCCUGCACAUGCAGUGACAUGACAACCUGAAGAGGUGUCCACAGCUCAGAAGAAAAUUCUGGAGACAAGAGUGAAGCACUCUUUUAAGAGGUGCUGUGUCACCCACACUUGAUGAUGGAUUUGCGGGCAUGGAGAGCGUGUGGAAGGACCGAGUUCUUGUUGGCAGAGGAGGUUGGCUGCUGAGCCAGGGCGUGUCUCCAGGAGGCCUGCCAGGCUGCCUGGAUCCCCACCUCGCCACCAUGGGCCGGCCAGGCUGACCAGCCAGUUCCUGCUGGAGGCUCCUGACAUCACCUGGGGAGAUGACGUCCAGGCCCCCCGACUGCCUUCUGCGGCUGCUCCGGGGUGCCCCGAGGCAGCGGCUCUGCACCCUGUUCAUCAUCGGCUUCAAGUUCACGUUUUUGGUCUCCGUCAUGGUCUACUGGCACAUUGUGGGAGAGCCCGGGGGCCAAGGGCAGUUCUCUAACCUGCCUGCUGACAUACCCUGCCCGCGCUUGGUCCCCCGCACACCGCCCUCCGGCACCCCACCUCCCGGCAACAUCUUCUUCCUGGAGACCUCCGACCGGACGGACCCCAACUUCCUGUUCAUGUGCUCAGUGGAGUCAGCAGCCAGGGCCCAGCCUGAGUCCCGGGUGGCGGUCCUGAUGAAGGGGCUGCCCGGCGGGAACGCCUCCCUGCCCCGGCACCUGGGCCUCUCGCUUCUGGGCUGCUUCCCCAACGUCCAGAUGCUCCCGCUGGACCUGCAGGAGCUGUUUCGGGACACGCCCCUGGCAGCCUGGUACGCGGCCCUGCAGCGGCGGUGGGAGCCCUACGUGCUGCCCGUGCUCUCCGAUGCCUCCAGGAUUGCGCUCAUGUGGAAGUUCGGAGGCAUCUACCUGGACACGGACUUCAUCGUCCUCAAGAGCCUGGGGAACCUGACCAACGCGCUGGGCACCCAGUCCCGCUAUGUCCUCAACGGCGCCUUCCUGGCCUUCGAGCGCCACCACGAGUUCAUGGCGCUGUGCAUGCGCGACUUCGUGGCCCACUACAACGGCUGGAUCUGGGGCCACCAGGGCCCACAGCUGCUCACGCGGGUCUUCAAGAAGUGGUGCUCCAUCCGCAGCCUGGGCGAGAGCCACGCCUGCCGCGGCGUCACCACCCUGCCCUACGAGGCCUUCUACCCCAUCCCCUGGCAGAACUGGAAGAAGUACUUUGAAGACGUCAGCCCCGAGGAGCUGUCCCGGCUGCUCAACGCCACCUACGCUGUCCAUGUGUGGAACAAGAAGAGCCAGGGCACGCGCUUCAAGGCCACGUCCAGGGCACUGCUGGCUCAGCUCCACGCCCGCUACUGCCCCACGACGCACAAGGCCAUGAAGCUUUACUUGUGAGGGGCCUGGCUGGCUCCCUCCGUGCCCCCAGCAUCCUGAAGGAAAGGGAUCGGCCACCCUUCCUGGGGAGACCUGAGCUGCUGCAGCCCGGGAUCUGGGGCAGAGGCAGCGGGGAGGGCGGGGAACUGUCGGCCCAAGAGCUGCUACCGGAAGGCGUGCUGCGGGCCCCGGGACCUGCUCCCUUCAAGCUAGCGGGAGGCUGGUGGGCCUGGUCGCCUCUACCCCUAGGCCAGUGCACUGUCACAGGGCAGAGGCGACCAGUGGUGGGGGAAGGGUGCCCAGCCAGAAUCACCUGGAGUGCACCGGGUAAGCAUCCUGGGUCUUGUAGACAACAGGCAAGCCCAGCAAGUAUGAAAGCAUCUUCCAGGGCAGCGCGGGAAGCAGGCAGGCUGGGGCUGAAGUGCCCACUAGGGGAGCACGGAGAAGCCCAAGGAAAGGGGGUAGGAAGGAAGGAGAGGAGGCCGCUUGUGGGGUAGCCAGAAAGCACACCCAGCUUCGUGAGCCCAAGGGGUGGGGUGCUUUUGGGGUUUGGGUUUCUUUUUCAAGGGGGCCGAGGCCGGCAGAGCUGGCCUGGGGAGCUCUUUGGGGGAGGGCCUGCCUGCCCACCUCAUCCUUCUUUCCAGAAAUGUUGCAGGAGUGACACGUGCCAGCUGCCCACUCACGGGCAGGGGCCCUGGAGUUCUUGUGGCUCAGGAAAAGCAUUUUAAAGGAAACACCCCUUACCCUACCCGCAAUAAACACAAUAAAAGUGAGAAUAAUAAAUACAAUAUUUAGUGCUUUUUGCUUGAUGAUAUACAUUCAUUCGCACUGUUGGCCUCACCCUGCAGCUGAGGAGGCAGCUGGGGCUGGCGGUGGUGGUGGUGGGGACGGUGAGGUCACGCAGCCUGCCUAGGUCAGGGGGGCCCGGGGGCCUGGCCGCUGGGCAGGCUCACGGCCCCGGUGCUGGAGAGCAACUGCGGUGGAGAAUGGGAGAAGCCUGCUUCCCACCUCCCUUUUCAAGGCUCACAGACAGCCUCAGUCAGGCCCCAUGCCCGCCCCCACCCCAUAAUGAGCCUGAAUCUGUUCUAAACUGAGCCAAAUACGGAGCCCACCACCAGACUGGGGGCGUGUACCUCCAAGCUUAGAGGAGGCCCAGGGAGGGUGGUGUGAGGCCUGUGGGAUCUCUCCUGCCUCACCCUGGCUGUCUGGCGGAGAACCUAGGAGAGACAGAAGUACCGUGCCGGCAGCCCCAGGGAUGGGUCAGAGGAAAAUCUGCUCCUUGCAGGGUGAGGCCCCAGCUGGUUUGUGUUGAGGAUGGAAGCUGCCUGUGAGAGCUGGGCGUUCCGCCGGGCUGGAGAAGCCCUCCCUGUAGGAAGCUAGGAUGGGCGAUGCUGUCAGAAACUCUGGGCGUCAGCAGGCUGCUCUGUGGCAGCCGAGGGGGAGGUGUUUAGAGGCCUCUGGAUUCUGCCAGCAGAAGGUCUCGGGCAGGACUGCCCUGGUGGCGCAGUGGUUAAGAAUCCGCCUGCCAACACAGGGGACACGGGUUCGAGCCCUGGUCUGGGAAGAUCUCACAUGCCGCGGAGCAACUAAGCCCGUGCGCCACAACUACUGAGCCUGCGCUCUAGAGACCGCGAGACACAACUACUGAGCCCGCGUGCCACGACUACUGAAGUUUGCGUGCCUAGAGCCUAUGCUCUGCAACAAGAGAAGCCACGACAAUGAGAAGCCCGCGCACCACAACAAAGACCCAACACAGCCAAAAAGUAAUAUAAUUAAUUAAUUAAUUAAUUUUUAAAAAAAGGUCUUGCGCAGCCUGGUAAGGAGGUGAGAUCCAUGGCUGUAGGGGUAUUCAAGAGCAGGUAAUGUUUUUGAUGAGAACCAUGAAUACUGUGUCAGUUAUUUCUCCAACCACAACGUCACCUCACCUAUCUUUUAAAAUUUUCUUAGAAUGAGUAGAUUUUACUUUAAUAAUACAAACAAUCUCUCUCUCUCUCUCUCUCUCUAUAUAUAUAUAUAUAUACUCGAGCAAGU